AUGGUAUACAAAACGCCACCAUCCGGCGGCAUCGUCUGUCUGCGGUGCCAGCUGCGACUCUUGCACUCGCCACGACCUCGCCGGCCGUCUCUCUUUCUCACCCCCCACCUUCUCUCUCGGCAGACAAGCCGCAACGGCUAUGCUGCUCUUGCCAGACCCCAGGCCUGGAAGGCGAGGGUGAUCGUGGCAAGCCCAAGACGCUUGCACCAUGCAGCCUCUAAGGAUGUCGACAGCAAGGCCGCAGUGCAGCCAAAAUUCUCCAGGGACGACGAAACACCGGUCCUGCUGCCAGACUCCAGCGAGCCGCCUGCCAAGUCAGACGAGGCGGCAGCCAAGUCCGACAUGGAGGACAUAUGGGACUCCCUGCUGGCGGACGGUAUCAAGGCGACGUCGGACGAGGUGUCCAGCCACAUUGACGCGCUGCGGCCGACAGACGAGACCACCGUGACCCGCUCCGACUUCCAGCGCCGAAGGGAGAGCCUGACGGCCGGCUUCACCGUCGCACAGCUGCGCGAGUACAUUGACGCACACCGCGAGCCGGUUGUCCGGCCAGCCGCCUACGCCUGGGCAGUGCAGCAGCUGCCGUGGGUUCCGGGCGGGCCAGCCAGCGAGCUGAAGGCCAAGACGCCCUCCUCGGCUCUUUUCCUGCGCGGCUACACCACGUCGUCGAUGCUGAGCAAGGAUUGGCUGGCCGUGCAGCUGAUGCGCGAGUGCUGGGGCCUCGCCGUGCGCGAGUUGAUGGACGCUCCCGGACUGCUGGACGUCACCGUGCGCGAGCUUGAGUUUGCCCUCCUGGCUGCCGGUGCCCAGUCGUGGCUGCGCGACAUCUCGACUGCCUACUCGACCGUCACGACGACGACUGCUGCCACCGGUCGCAGCCGCAGUCGCAGCCACAGUCGUGGCCAAACUCGCCAGCACCGCCACAUUGAGCUAGACCCCGGCCAGCGCCUGCUGCGCAUCUCCGCCCCCGCCGUCACGGCCGACGCCAUCCUGGCCGACAUUGACUGCAUGCUGGCCCGCGCCACCACGCGCGCCUUUCGCCUGGCUGACGUGGCAGACACGCGUGUUGUCGGUGCUCUUGAUGCUCACAUGCUGAGGGCCGUCGGUGCCAUGACUGAGAGCUGGGUGCGGCUGAGUGCGGAUGAGGACGAAGUACUGGUCAGCUGGAUCGCCCAAGACCAUGACCACGACCACCAUCUCGAAGAUACCGGAGACAGGGUACACCGGUUUCUGCUCACAGCUUUUGGCACCUCCACCCUGCCCCAGACGACCGAGCUGGACUACGAACCCCUCAAGCGCACAAAAGCUCGCCUGCUCGCCGAGUUCGAUAGCUUCAGCCGUGACACCUGGUCCUGGCCCUAUCGCCACCGCAACUGGGCCCGUCUGGUCGAACCCUUUCUGGCCGACGCAUCGGCUGCGCGCACUCGGCUGCCCGUCCAGCUGCCCGGCGCCCACUCGAUGCCCUUUGAGUUUGUCUCCCCCCAUACGGCCACGGCCACGACCGAUACAGGCGCAAAUGCAGGCGCAGAUGCAGACGCCGAAGACGACCACAGCCAAAGGUGGUAUCGUCUCAUCCGCACUUCCACCGUCGCUACCUUCGGUCGCGUCCUCCACAGCCCGCCGUCCGCAGACAAGACCAGCACCCUGUCUGACAUGGCCAGUCCGGCCACUGCGCUUCAAGGCCUGGAACGGAUCUUGACUCCGGUCUACCUGGACAUCUCAGACGGCCGGCCGGUCCUGGCCGCCCUGCACACGGUCAUGGCCGCCCACACGAGCGACGUGCUCUUCCCGACACAGCCUGUGGACGUGCGCAUCACGCAGAAGCGCUUCUUUGCGCUGCCGGCCGCCGACAUCGCCGCCGAUCCGGCCCUCGACCCGCUACGCGCCUUUCUCGCACAGGCACGGCUGGGCCAGCUGGGCCCGUCUGGCCAGCCGCUGCCGCUAUCGACACCGGCACGGCUGUCCGGCCUCGGCCUGCCGGCACGCGUGCUGCUUCCGGUCGGCGACGGGGCCAGGCUGCGCGAACAGCCGCGCAGGCGCCACCAGACCAUCGCCGUCGACUACGUCUUUGCCGGGCUCGAGGUGCGCCGCCGCGUCGCCACCGCCUUUGAGGGCUGGACGCUCGCCCUGACCAGCGUCGACGCCGGGCGUGGUGGCGGCCGCCACACAGCCCUCACACUGGACGCAACGCCUGCGGGGACGGAGUCUGGGGUGUCCGGGGUCACUCUCGCCACUGGCGGGGACCUCAGCAAGACGGCCUUUCGCCAUGCCGUCGGCCGGCUCGUCCACAGCGACACAAUCCACUGGCUGAUACCGGGUCGGGAGUCGUGA